AUGCUGCAGAAGGAGUUGAUCAGGAGAUCCAUUCAACCCAGUGCCGUCCGCUCGGAUGUGCGUCUCGUGGACCGAGCAAAGAGCCCACAGACGGACUGCAGCUGGUCCCGUGUGAUGAUAGGAGACACAAUGACGCUCCUGUCUCUUCUUGGUCGCAUCAUGCGUUAUUUUCUGCUCAGGCCGGAGACACUGUUUUUGUUGUGCAUAAGUCUGGCUCUAUGGAGCUACUUCUUCCACACAGACGAGGUGAAAACCAUCGUAAAAUCCAGUCGAGACGCGGUGAAGAUGAUGAAGGGGAAAGUAGCAGAGAUGAUGCAGAAUGACCGCCUGGGAGGCCUGAGUGUGCUGGAUGCAGAAUUCUCCAAAACAUGGGAAUUCAAAAACAACAACGUGGCCGUGUACUCCAUACAGGGCCGGAGAGAUCACAUGGAGGACCGCUUUGAAGUGCUUACUGAUGUCACCAACAAGAGCCAUCCAUCCAUAUUCGCAAUAUUUGAUGGGCAUGGGGGAGAGGCUGCAGCAGACUUUGUGAAAGCCCACCUGCCUGAUGCUCUGAAGCAGCAGUUGCAGGCCUUUGAGAAAGAGAAGAGGGACAGUGGGCUUUCUUAUGCCAGCAUCCUGGAGCAGCGCAUCCUGGCUGUGGACAGAGAAAUGCUGGAAAAGCUCUCGUCCAGCCAUGAUGAAGCAGGUCAGAAGGGAGGGGGCACCACCUGCUUAGUGGCUCUUCUGUCGGACCGAGAACUCAUUGUAGCGAAUGUUGGAGACUCCCGCGGCGUCUUGUGUGACAAAGAUGGAAAUGCUGUUGCACUGUCACACGAUCACAAACCUUAUCAACUCAAGGAGCGAAAACGGAUCAAGAGAGCAGGUGGCUUCAUCAGCUUUAACGGCUCGUGGAGAGUCCAAGGCAUCCUGGCCAUGUCCCGCUCUCUCGGAGACUAUCCCCUGAAGAACCUCAACGUUGUCAUCUCUGACCCGGACAUUAUGACGUUUGACCUGGACAAACUCCAGCCUGAGUUCAUGAUCCUGGCUUCUGACGGUCUGUGGGACGCCUUCAGUAACGAGGAGGCUGUUCGCUUUGUCCGUGAGCGUCUAGACGAGCCCCAUUUUGGUGCCAAGAGUAUUGUGCUGCAGUCCUUCUACCGCGGCUGUCCCGAUAACAUUACCGUCAUGGUGGUGAAGUUCAAAAGCGGCUCUGGAGGCGGCAAAACAAGCCAGUAG